AUGGUCAGUCUGCGAUACCCACCUGUGGCCGGGUCAGUCCAGACUCUCCCUCCGGUUCCCAGACUAACUCGGCUCACCCAAUCCUCUAAUCGAUCGAGAAGAAACUCCUCUGUCACCACGACAAUUCAGCGCCCUCUUUCCUGCACAAUAGUACAUUCUAGAGGUACGAUUAAUUUUAUGAAUACAGCUUCAACCAACACAUUCAGAUGGCUGUUCCCUUGACAGAGAUAAUCGGAAUCCGAACAGAGAGGAAGUAUAUCAUCAGGAGGAGAGUCCCUCUUCCGAUGAAAGUGCAAGAUCUGCCAAUCAGAAUGAAAUGAUUUACAAAGUAAAUUUAAUAAGUGACUGAGUAAUCAUAGUUACAGGAAACUAGCUAUAUGAACGUACUUCCAAACAGAGCUUCAUUCUAUCGAGACUAUGGAACUUGCACAACUCUUGGACGCGGCAACUUUUCCAGAGUUUUUUUGUUGAAUUCGGGCCAAAACAAACAAGCUGUCAAGGUAACAUAGAAAAUAAAUUGAGAUUCUUUUCUUGACUCGGAUUAAAAAACCAAAUUUCAGGAAAUUGACAAGGAACGGAUGUCUGGGCGAUUGGAUUACGUCUAUAACGAGGUGAACAUCUUGGCGGAAUGUGAUCACGAAAACAUCUGCAAGCUCUUCAAAGCCUUCGAAUCUCCUGGGUAUUUCUUUCUGGUAUUCGAAUAUGCUCCGGUAAGAUCACAACUUUCAGAAAUAAGGGUUUUAUUUUAGUUCGGGGAUCUGUUUGAGUUUAUAAAACAAACUGGAAUCCCCGGAGAAGCAAACUGCGCCUGUCUGACAUAUCAGGUGGGUUGUAACGGUUCACCAAUAAACCAUGUUGUAGAUAUGCUCGGCUCUAGAAUAUAUUCACAAUAAACAAAUUGUCCAUCGAGAUGUGAAGCCAGAGAAUAUAUUGAUCAUGUCAGAGAGUUGGGUCAAGCUGACAGACUUUGGAUUGGCGUGCACAGUACUGGGGCCGCUUUACAGAGUAUGUGGAACACCCACUUAUGUUGCUCCAGAAGUCAUCUCGGAACAAGGAUAUGGAAGAGAAGUGGACAUCUGGUCUCUGGGAGUUGUUUUACAUAUAAUGUUAAUCGGAUUCGCUCCAUUCAGAGCUCCCCGACGUUCUCAACUAUUUAAAUUAAUCAGAAAAGCGUACCUUGGGUUUGAUUUCCCCAGAUGGAGUCACAUUUCUACGAGUAAGUUGCAAAAAACAUCCCGAAUUCAAUUUUACAGUUUUUUUAUGUAAUUUAAAUUUUUCGGAUUUCGGGUUUGUUGGCGAAAUGUCACAUUUUACAAUUAAAUCCUGAUAUUGCAGACGCCCAAAGCACCGUCCGUCGUAUGUUGUGUCCGAAUCCGAAACGUCGUGCCACGGCUACGGAGAUUCUGGAAGACGAGUGGAUCCAAUCUUUUCUUGUUUGA